ACUGGACCGACGGACAGGACACAGUGAGACACACUCGGCUUCAGACAUGGCGCUGAGGGGUCUGAACGCUUGUGCUCGCGUUUUAUGGACAGAUACAUCUAAAGCUGCAGUGCUCAGAGGAGCCAUGCAGUCAGACUGUUUCAAAUGCCGAGAUGGAGCCAAACGCUAUCUGUUGUCUGAAGAUGUCGUGAAGCUGCAAGAUUUUCAGCAGAGGAAACUUGCUGUCGCCCAUCAGGUGUCAGGAUCAAAAGGUUAUUAUUUUGAUAAGGUAACUCAGAAAAUGGAGAAAAAUGAGCUAAUCCUAAAGGAUGAAUUGAAACGUCUUUUGCACUUAUGCCAGUCUGCCGAAGAUGUUAUUAUCGCAAGAAAUGCUAUUUACAGGUACCAUGAAGAAAAUCGCAACAUGGCAUUUGGGGAAUUCAGGUUUGGCCCGCUUUUUAUGAGGUUAUGCUAUGAGCUGGGUUUAGAGGAUCUGGCAGCCACAACUCUCAUGGAUCCGGCUCUAAAAGGAUUUUUUUCAGACUCCACAUCUUUCAAUAUUGCCAUUGAUAUGUUGUUUAAUAAAGGAUGCUAUGAAAGUGGCAUUGAGGUGGUGGGGAAAAUGAAAAACCAGGGAGUGCCAUUCAACAAAGACACCUUUACAUUGGCAAUGGCUACUUGCUAUAAACUGAACACAUCAAAGUCAUAUCAUAUCUGUUUGGCCCUUUUGGAAGAAGGUCAGACUAAGGGCAGUCUCAUCCCACGACAUGCCUAUUGCUUUGCAACUGCCAUUGCUCUCAAACAGAAUGAUGUGGAGAAAGCUCAGACAAUCUACUCUCAGAUCAUGUGCACAGACAGCAGACUAUGCCAGAACCUGAAGGUUCUUAUAUUGGCUAUGUCAGGGUCCAUGAAAGAUGCAAUCUAUGUUCUUACAACAGCCCUAGUAUCAAAGACUCCAGUGUUUGUGAAGAAACCAGACUUCUCUCAGGAAGUGGUUAAUGUGUUGAGGAAGAAUAGUGCUAAUGGUCUAUGGGAGGGAGACGUGGAGCAGGUGGUGAGACGAUUAGAAGAGGCCGGCCAGAUCACAGAGCAAACCCUGGACGAUUUCCUGUGUCACACACCUUUAGGAAAGAGAAGGCCUUUGAGAAUAUUGGAUCAGGAAAGAAUAACAAGCCGAAGGACUCUUAGACCACUCCGGUCCACGCUACUAUCAGAGUAAACGCAGAAGAAUCGAGUCUUCGCUUUAGUGUGCACUGUUAUAACAGUGAAUGUAUUCUUCAUCUGCUCGUUCUCAAGGAUGACUUUAGGAUCAUCUACCUCCUUGUAUUUUGACCCAACCGCUGUCAUCUUCAGCUUUUGAAGUCAUGUGAGGACUUAAAAUCACUUUGAACAUGUUCCUCUUAUUUGGGAUCUUGCAUGUUUUUGCAUUUGAAAACAUGCCACGUGCUAUUUCUGCUGAAGUCCAUGUUUGUCAGAAAAGUUGAGGACAUUUUGUUAAUACACACUGAUAAUCAGUGUCACUGUAUAAAUGUUGUAGGUCUUCUCUUUUAAACAAUUAAAGAUUGUUUGAUUAAA